AUGGUUUUGAAAAGACCAACCGCUGAUAAUGUUCACAACGAUUUUGACGUUGAACAUGUCAUCCACAACGCAUCUGUCUCUGACAAGAUAUCUUUGCUCUCUGGCCGAGACUUUUGGCACACGAACCCUCUCCCAGCGUUCAAUAUCCCAUCCGUGCGUGUCAGCGACGGCCCAAACGGCGUACGAGGAACAAAAUUCGUCGACGGCGUGCCAGCAGCAUGUCUACCUUGCGGAACCGGCCUAGCAGCUACCUGGGACCAGGAUCUGCUAUACAAGGCAGGCAAACUGAUAGGUAACGAGUGCAUAGCUAAAGGCGCACACUGCUGGCUAGGUCCUACAGUCUGUAUUCAACGCUCUCCUCUAGGUGGCCGCGGCUUCGAGUCAAUGGCAGAGGAUCCCUAUGCAACAGGCAAACUAGCUGCUGCGUACAUCAAAGGCGUACAGUCGACGGGCGUUGUGUCGGUCAUCAAGCACUGGCUUGCAAAUGAUCAAGAACACGAAAGAGUUGGCGUCAACGUUGUUGCUAGUGAGCGUGCGUUGAGGGAGGUUCAUAUGCUCCCUUUCCAGAUCGCGCUUAGUGAUGCAGCGCCGGGGGGUGUUAUGGCUUGCUAUAAUAAAGUCAAUGGCACACAUGUUUCAGAGAACCGGGAUUAUCUCGAUGCUUUGCUCCGUAAAGAGUGGCAGUGGAAGGGUCUGAUCAUGAGCGAUUGGUUCGGUACUUAUUCUACAACCGAGGCCAUUAAUGCAGGGCUGGAUCUCGAGAUGCCGGGGCCAACGAGGCAACGCGGCCAGCUUCUCGACCUUGCAGUGUCCAAUCGAAAAGUAUCUCGAUCAACCAUAGAUACUCGAGCAAGAAACGUUCUCGAAUUCAUCCAAAGAUGCACAAAGGUUCCUGUUGCUGCGGAGGAAGGAGGACGCGACUUUCCUGAAGACAGGCAGCUCAACCGAAAGCUCGCCGGUGACAGCGUUGUCUUGUUGAAGAAUGAAGGUAACCAACUGCCCCUUAAGAGACCUUUCAAAAGCAUUGCUUUGAUUGGACCAAACAUGAAGACUACUUCGUUCUGUGGAGGUGGCUCUGCCCAUCUUCAGCCUUACUACACUGUUUCUCCUUACGAAGGGAUCGUGGCCCAACUACCGCCUGAUGUUGAGGUACGAUACGAAGUCGGUGCUACAGCAAAUGGGUGGAAUCCUCUCCUACAAGACAAUAUGAUCACCACGCCAGAGGGAUCACCAGGAAUGCGAAUACGCUUCUACAGUCAGAGCCCCAGUGUACCCAAGCGCGAGAUUGUUGACCAGAGCCAUCUGCCUGAUUCAUCUUGGCUUCUUAUGGGCUACUCGCAUCCGAAACUAGACAAGCUCUUCUACGCAACUGUAGAAGGCGAUCUGGUCAUUCAACAAUCCGGACUAUUUGAGUUUGGCCUGGCAGUUUAUGGCUCUGCGCGACUCUAUGUCGAUGACCAGCUCUUGAUCGAUAACAGUCAUGUCCAGCGAGGCGGUACAUUCUUCUUCGGCAAAGGAACUGUUGAGGAAAAGGCUCAGAUGCACCUUGUUCAAGGUCAGAAGUACCGCAUCACUGUUGAGUAUGAAAGUGCACCAUCUUCCAAGCUCGUCAAGCCAGGCGUAGUCAAUUUUGGUGGUGGGGCUGGAAGAGUUGGUCUAGCGAGUGCUGUUGACCCUGAAGUCGGCAUCCAAAAAGCCGUCUCAGUAGCUCUACAGUCAGACGUGACCAUUCUUUGUGUUGGGAUGACAAGUGAUCAAGAAUCUGAAGGCUUUGACAGGCCUCACAUGGAUCUUCCUGGAUCGCUACCUCAACUUGCCUCGGCCGUCUUGGCAGCGGUCCCAAACGCUAUCGUUGUGACGCAGAGCGGCACUCCAUUCAGCAUGCUCUGGGCUGAAAAGGCCAAGACCCAUUUACAUGCUUGGCUAGCUGGGAACGAGACUGGAAACGGUAUUGCUGAUGUUUUAUUUGGCGCAACCUGCCCCAAUGGAAAACUCCCGCUUUCAUUUCCACGCCGUCUACAAGAUACACCCACGUUCUUGAACUUUGGUAGUGAGAGGGGGCGUGUUAUCUACGGCGAGGAUAUUUAUAUUGGCUAUCGGUACUACGAAAAGGUCGAUCGAGACGUACUAUAUCCUUUUGGCCAUGGUCUCUCUUACACCACAUUUACCUACGACAAGUUGAACGUUGCAUCCUCUCACGUGAGCUUCGAAAUCACCAACUCUGGUUCUGUGCCUGGAGCUGAAGUCUCUCAGCUUUACAUUGCCGCUGACGAGGUCACAUCUUCCAUCCAGAGACCUAAGAAAGAGUUGAAGGGUUUCAAGAAAACAUAUCUGCAACCUGGCGAGGCUCGGAGGGUGGAGAUUCCACUGGAUCGACUCACCACAUCGUUUUGGGAUGAGGAAUUACAUUGCUGGGUGAGUGAAAGAGGUGUGUAUAGGGUAUUAGUAGGAUCGAGUAGUAAGGAAAUCUUGCUUGAAGGAGAUUUGCCUGUGCGAGAAACUAGUAGAUGGAGUGGGCUUUGA